UAUGUCAUCACUGACGUCCCAGGCUGGUGUCGAAUGUAUACAAACAAGUAUGGGAAGAAAGUAUUGCCUUUAGAACUUGGCACAACCAAUCAGGAUAGCAGAGAUGCAUGAGGAAUUUACCCAAUCGAACUCAUCAUCUUCGCAGGAAACUACAUUUCAAUUACCUCCGGCAAAGCUUUUUCCUGAUCUCCUUGAUGCCUGCCGUAUAAGGAGGUUUUAAAGAUGACGGCAUCGUAGUUAUAAGCAAGGAUAUUGUCAGCUGUAAACUAUGAUUCUGUCCUCUUAAAAGAGCUGAACUUCUUAACUACUAAAAUUACUGCUAGGGAAAUUCAGCUUUUUAACAUUGUUGAGAUAGAAGAUAAGCCCCACUUCAAAGGAACCUGAUGAGAACCUCGGAGUGGCACUAUAAAAUUGUGCAGUUUUGGAAGUGAGGGACGAGAAGGCAGAAGGUCCAGUGACCUUUCUGCUGAACAAGAUCUCGAGCUUUCUAGACAAUGAGAUCCACAUAUUUAGAAAUGUUCAGGAAGAGGUCAUAGACGUGAGGGAUGAACUCGCACGUAUCAAGGCCUUCCUGAGAACUGCAGACUCCCUGGUGGAGAGCAACGAGCAAGUCCAAGUAUGGGUCGAGCAAAUCAGGGACCUUGCUUAUCAAAUGGAAGAUGUUCUUGAUGAAUUCAAGCUGCUUUCAGUUCAAGACCAUGGCGAUGGCCUUCAUGGUAUUCUCUGCAAGUUUGUUGGCAACAUCAGGAACCUGAAAGCUCGUUAUCGGGCCAUAAAUGAUCUGCAAAGGGUCAGCUUGAGGCUCAAGAGCAUCUGCGAGGGGCAUAAAAGACUGCGCCAGAAAUUCUGGAGAGCCGGGCAGCAUGUACAGUCCAAUGAUGGCGACGGCCCAUGGCUGGACCACUGCAGUGAUGCUCUUCUUUUAGACGAGACUGAUCUUGUGGGCAUUGAGGAGCCCAAGAGGCUUCUUGUGCAGCACCUCAUCGUGGGUCCUGCCAAGAGGGAAGUAAUCUCUGUGGUCGGGAUGGGAGGGCUUGGAAAGACCACUCUUGUAAAGCAAGUCUAUGACGAUCCCACUGUAAAGAAGCACUUUGCUAUUCGUGUUUGGGUCACUUUCUCUACAUCUUCCAAGACAGAGGAGCUCCUGAAGGAAAUGCUCCAACAGAUUGCCUGUCAGAUCAGGAAACCGGCUCCAAAGAGGGUGGACACCUCGAACAGUGAUUGGCUGAAAAUGAUGAUCAAGGGCUGCCUGCUCAACAGAAGGUACCUGAUCAUUCUUGAUGAUGUGUGGCAUGUGAAUAAAUGGGAUGCUGUCAAAUACGCUUUUCCCAAUGAUGGGUGUGGCAGCAGAGUCAUGCUGACCACGCGCAAGGCCGAUGUAGCCUCUGCCUCCCACGCGGAUUUUGGUGGAAAGCGAUAUGACUCGAAGCCCUUGGCCGAUGAAGAGUCUUGGAAGCUUUUCUGCAGAAAGACAUUUCCAGGGAACAACACCUGUCCUUCUAACUUAGAGGAGACCUGCAAAACUAUACUGAGUAAGUGUGAGGGUCUGCCUCUCCCUAUCGUGGCCAUCAGCAGUGUAUUGGCUUCAAAAGACAUGCGAAGAAUCGAUGAGUGGGAUCUUGUGAGGCAAACUCUUCGUGCAGAGAUCGACGGAAACGACAGGCUGAAGAAGAUCAACAAGGUACUUUCCCUCAGUUUCAACGACUUGCCUUACUACUUGAAAUCUUGUUUCUUGCACUUAAGCGUCUUUCCUGAGGGUCACGGAAUCGAACGUAUGAGGCUGAUCCGGUUAUGGGUAGCAGAAGGAUUUGUUGAGACAAAAGAAGGUAGGACUCUUGAAGAAGUUGCCGAGGACUACCUGAAAGAACUCUUGAACAGAAGUUUGUUGCAAGUGACAGACACGACUAGCGAUGGGCGGGUAAAAGAGUGCCGAAUCCACCACCUUCUACAGCAAAUUGCAAUUCAAAAGUCCAAGGACCAAAACUUUGCUGCAAGAGUGGACGAACAGAAUGCAUCCUGGCCUGACAAAGUUCGUCGUCUUUCCAUACAUAAUAGGUUCCAAUCUUCACAUAAAGACAGGUCGCUUUCCCAACUUCGCUCCUUGUUCAUGUCUGGCGUCGAGAAGUCCACGGUAAAAGCAGCAUUACUGUGCGUUCUCAAACUGCUCGCUGUUUUAGAUUUGCAAGCUGUUCCUAAUUUGAGGAAAUUUCCGGUUCAAGUAGUUGAGAUGUACUCCCUCAGGUACUUAAGCUUUAGGUAUACUGAGGUAGAAACAGUUCCCAGUUCAAUAGGGAAGCUACAGAACUUAGAGACGCUUGAUCUGAAACAUACAUAUGUCACUGAUCUGCCUAUCGAGAUCAUGAAGCUCCAGCGACUUCGGCAUCUUCUCGUUUAUCGCUAUGAAACUAUAUCUUAUUUGCAUUCUAAGUAUGGCUUCAGGACGCCUGCGGAUAUUGGGUCACUGCAAUAUUUGCAGAAGCUCUGCUACAUAGAGGCCGAUGACGAGAGAAGUCACGCCCUAAUGGAAGAUAUUGGGAAGCUGACCCAGUUAAAGAGGCUGUGCAUCCUCAAGUUGAAGAAAGAAGAUGGGGCAGCUUUGUGCUCUUCGAUCGCAAAGUUGACCAAUCUGGUGGCAUUGUCAGUUUCCUCGUUGGAAGAUGAUGAAGUCCUUGAUCUUCAGGACCUUUCUUCUCCACCUCCUCUACUCCAACGGAUUUACUUGGAAGGACGUUUACUGGCAAUGCCGCAUUGGAUUCCCACCCUCGAGAGCAUCGUCAAAUUACACCUGAGAUUGUGCUGUUUGAAGGAUGACCCGCUGUUAUCUCUUCAGAAUCUGCCCAAUCUUGUCCAUGUCGAGCUGGAAAAGGUUUAUAACUGGAAGAUACUACACUUCAGUGCAAAAGGGUUCAUGAAGCUUCGGAGAUUAUUUCUUGAUAAUUUUCUGGAGCUAAGGGGCAUAGAGGUGGAAGAGGGAGCCUUGCCCAGCAUUGUUACGUUGAUUAUCCAGCGAUGCAAGUUACUGCAGAAUGUUCCUUCGGGCAUCGAAUACCUGACGAAGCUCAAGGUGCUGGAAUUCUUCGAUGUGCACGAUGAAUUGGUCAGGAAACUCGAGCACGAAGAUCAGAGCAAAGACUAUCAGAAAGUUGCUCACAUUCCCGAGCUUCGUUAUGGGUCGUGGACUGAUGGGGGCUGGGAUGUCAAGUUGGUGCAAAGAACUGGGGAGGAAGCUGGUUCUUCUCAUGCUGGAAAUGGUAGGAGCAGAAGUGAACUUCCUCCUUGUUGGAAGUGAUUACUUCUACUUGCUGUAAAUAUCUGUACAGAUCUAAAUUGGUACUAGUCUUAAUGCGAGCCGACUCGUUGUAAAUUAUGUUAUUUUACUUAGCAAUGUGAUCUCUUCUCAUUGCUGCUUGGAGUAGUUUUUCCAUAUCAGGCAAUGAUGGCAACACCUCUACCUGCUCUGGAUCUUGUUGGCCGAGGCCAUUAAAAUGAUUCCUAUGCU